AAACUCAAAAUUUUCUUGGAAAAAGUCGCCUUUUCCUGAAGCAAACAACAACAAUAUUGGAUUUUGAACGGCUAAAUCGAGGCAAAUACUGUGCGAAUUGAGCGAAAUUAAAAAAUGGUAUUCUACUUCGAGAGUGAUGUCGUCCAACCGCCGGUGACCCUCUUCAUGGGGCUUGAUAAGUACGAAAAUGAAGAUCUAAUCAAAUGGGGCUGGCCGGAAGACGUUUGGUUCCAUGUGGACAAAGUGUCCUCAGCGCACGUGUACCUCCGCUUGGCCCCGGGACAAACACUGGACAACAUUCCGUUGGCGGUGCUCGAGGAUGCCUGCCAGCUGGUCAAGGCCAACAGUAUUAAUGGCAACAAGAUGAACAACAUCGACAUCGUCUACACCAUGUGGGAGAAUCUCAAGAAGACUCCGGCCAUGGAAGUUGGUCAGGUUUCGUUCUACAAGGACAAGGAGGUGCGGAAAAUGCGCGUCGAGAAACGUGUCAACGAUAUUGUAAACCGAUUGAAUAGAACUAAGCGUGAGGAACAUCCGGACUUCCGGGCGGAGCGGGAAAAGCGGGACGCCGAUGAACGAGCGGACAAGAAGCGUCUUGCACGGGAAAAUCGCGAGAAAGAAAAGGACGACGAGAAGCGACGGCAGGAAGAAGCCGACAUCAGAAGCUACAAUUCGCUGAUGAAGUGGGAGAACAUGACCAGCAACUAUGAUGCAGGGAACGAUUCGGAUGAGUUCAUGUAAGGAAGGAAGCAAGUAUGCGGUAAGCAGAAUAAAUUAUUGUAAUCGUU